UGCACAGUGUGCCCUGUAUUGCUCCCACUUUCCUCUGAACUGCACACAUUGACGUGGCUGUAGGCACUGAAAAAUGGCCCCCAAAAAAGUGGAACCUAAGAAAGUAGAGCCUAAGAAACAAGAGCCAAAAGCAGAGGCCAAGGCAGCACCGGCCAAGGCUCCUGAACCAGAGCCACCAAAGGAGCCUGAGUUGGACCUCAAGAGCAUCACUCUAGAUUUCACACUGGAUCAGAUUGAGGAGUUCAAAGAGGCAUUUACCUUGUUUGACGAGACCCCGAUGGGUGAAAUGAAGAUCAGGUAUGCCCAGUGCGGAGACCUAAUGCGGGCCUUGGGUCACAACCCCACCAAUGCCGAGGUACUCAAGCUGUUGGGCAAGCCCAAGGCUGAGGAGAUGAAUUCCAAGCUGUUGGACUUUGACACCUUUCUGCCCAUGCUGCAGCACAUCUCGCGCACCAAGGAGAUGGGGACCUUUGAGGACUUUGUGGAGGGUCUGAGAGUCUUCGACAAAGAGGGCAAUGGCACGGUGAUGGGAGCCGAGCUCAGGCACGUUUUGGCAACCCUUGGGGAGAAGUUGACCGAGAUCGAAGUUGACCAACUCAUGGUCGGACAAGAGGAUUCAAAUGGGCACAUCAACUACACAGAAUUUGUUAAACACAUCCUCUCUGCGUGAGCUGAUCUUGAGUCCCUAUUAAAAUGCUACUCCUCAAAAAGCAUUAUUUAGAAAUGUCUGGCUUAAAGGACUGAAUAUAAUGUAAAAAAAAAAUUAUGUAAGAAAAUGGGAAUUGGUUUUCAAUUGACCCUUUUGGUUAAAUAAUAGAAAAAAACUGAGUGCUAAAUAAAAGUUUGUCAAUAAGUCA